ACAUAUUAUAAUUCGUGUAAUAAUAACAGUGUUUUUGAACACUAUUUCUGAGUCCAUGUCGUGAAUGCAGUGAUAAUUAAAUGUCUUUUUUGAGGAAAUUCAUUAAAAUCAAUAAUAAUAUACCAAAGGAUCGGUCGCUGGACACCAACCAGGAUGAGUCCAUUAGGCGCAAAGUGGAUAGAAAACUGGCCAUGGAUCGGUCGCUGGACACCAACCAGGAUGAGUCCAUUAGGCGCAAAGUGGAUAGAAAACUGGCCAUGUGCCAAUCAGACCCGGAGCCCAUACUAGACCUGAGCGCCUGUCGACUGCCGACAAUCAGCGCCCAAAUCCAGACGACAAUCAAAAUCUACGGCAAAACCGACUGUCGUUUCGAUGAGAACCAGUUCCAGGAGUUCGCCGUCGAGUCGGUGCAGUCCAUGGCCGGCGUCCGGGCCCUACACCUGUCCUACAACCAUAUCCGCACUGUCGGCCCACACCUCUCACUACUCAUCCAUUUGAAAGAGCUAUACUUAAGCCAUAACCAGUUGUCCGCGUUGCCCGACUCGACCGGCAAACUGCCAGCCCUUAAAAUACUGGCCCUUCGCGACAAUCUUUUCACGGCAUUCCCGGAGUGCGUGACCCGAUGCCCGGCCCUCACGUGCCUAGACUUGGGGGACAACCAACUCGCACGCCUUUCCCCCUCUAUAUUGAGGCUAAAGUUGUUGAAAUCGCUGCAAUUGGACGGCAACCCUCUGGAGCUACCGGCGCUGGAGGCCUGUGCCGAGAGCGUGGACGCCAUACUCUCAUACGUACAACGAAACGCCGGCGCCGAUAGCGGCCAUGGAUUUGAUGAUAACGUGGACAACGAUUGCGAGGAGCUGUUAGCCCGCGACCGGGGGGUCGCCACCGAUGGCACCGGUAGUGAUGACGAGAAAUACGACCCGAUUGUGGACCAAAAAAAGCGGGCACUCAUAGAGUGGGAGCGAAAGUUCCAGUCGACCGACGCUAACGGCGCCGAUGAGGGACUGGAGGCCGACAAGAAGAAACAGCAGCUCUUGGAUAAGCUGUGGGCCGACGAGCGCCAGGUGUCGGCCGACAUCAACAGCCGCCAGCGCCAGAAGGACAGGGAUCGCCAGUCCCUGUUGGACGGUAUGUCUCAGCUGGACACACAUUCCCGGAAACUGUUGGACAACCUGUACAACUGGGAGGACCGGCACCGCAACCAGCAGGAGGUGCUCGAGCGGGACGAGCGGCUACUGCUCGACCGUAUGCUCCGCUACGACAAGGAGGUGGUGCUCCGGAAGAGCGCUAUACUCAUCGCGAUGCAGGAGAUGCUGAACCGCGAGUCGACCGCCCGGGCCCUCACCGACGACCUCAAGGAGUUUAAUCAGUUGGAGCUGCGCACCAAAAUCAACCAACAAGAACGCCUACAACGACAAGCAUUCGAGGCCUUACAGCGGACGCGCGACUACCGGACCAGUCAGCUGACCGGCCAGAUAGGGCUCAUUGAGCGCGAGUUAUCGCAGUUAACCAGCGCUGAGAUGCAGCGCAGGGAUGAACGCCUCGACACCAUAUUAGCGGACAUAUCGGGCAAACGGCGCGAAUUGGCCGCACUGUUAGCCAAACUGUUGGCCCAAAAGCGGGAACGGGAUGCGCAGCUGCGGCAACGAGUGCUCGAUAUAGAGCGCCGGCGGCUACAGGUGCCCGACGACGACGAGUUCUGGUUAGUGCAGUACCAGUGCCUUAUGGAGAGGCAGCCGCUGGAGGCGCAGCUCAGGCAGUUGGGUAUCGACGACCGGAUCGCCGCAGUGUUGACGGCCGUCCACCAGGAGUCGGAACGGGUGGCCAACUAUUUGACACUAUUUACGGAUUUAACGUACGAUAGGCUGAACUCCAUGGGCGAUAAGGCUAUACUGGCGCUCGGGGUCGACGACUACGACUUGUGUCAACUGAUCCGCGAUAAGUUGGAUGAACUGCAUAGUAGAACAGCCGGCGCUGAGGCUACCGGUGCUGUUGGUGGUGGCGGUGAGGCGCAGCCGUCAGCGCCGGUACCCAUGAGGCCUAUGGAGGGGGCGCUAAAUGCCGUACAGGAGGCACAGGUAGCCGCUGAUGAUGUCGAGGUAGACCUGAUACAACUGACGGGACAGUUGGCUGACGUGCGGCUCUGGAGGGAAGCCGAGUGUGUUGUCUGUAUCGAGAGAAUCUGCGAUGUGGUGUUCCUACCGUGCGGUCACGUGUGCACCUGUAGCUCGUGCUCGCUGUUAAUAAGCGCCUGUCCCUUAUGCCGGGUGGCGGUCGACGAUAAGCUGUGUCUGAAUCAGAAUACCUGACCCCAAGUCCCCAUGAAUUGUGAAUUAAUUUACUGCUCAAUGAAAACCAUUG